AUGGCUACAUCAUCCCAAGUCGACUUGACUGGAACAACUUACUGUGUAGUCUCAGGAGCCUCACAAGGCAUCGGCAGGGCUAUCGCAGUUGAAGUUGCAAAACUUCUCGGCCCUAAAUCUCUGAUGCUACUUUUAGCACGAAACAAGAUUGAGUUGGCAAAAACUGCAGAACUAUGCGCAUCACCUAAUGUGGAGGUUCGUUAUGAGUCGGUUGAUUUGUCAAAGUCUUCUAAUUCUGAGAUGUAUGGUCUCUUACGCAAGUCCCUAGAAGGGCGGGAUGUGAAGGGAUUUGUUACAUCUUUAAUUUUUCACAAUGUCGGUUCUCUUGGUAACCUGGCUGUGGAGACAUGGAAGAUGGACGAUGUGGAUGAAUUGAGGGAUUACUAUGAUCUCAAUGUGUUUAAAGUUAUUUCCCUGAAUACUCAGUUUCUCAAGAUCUUUGAGGAGAUAGAUGAUAGAGUUGUGAUUGUGAACAUAACAUCUCUCUGCGCUAUCAAGCCAAUGGGGGGUAUGGCUUACUAUUGCAGUGGUAAAGCAGCUAGGGAGAUGUAUUUCAAAGUGUUGGCAGCUGAGAAGGCUCACAUCAAAGUACUUAACUAUUCCCCGGGGCCCGUGGAGACGGCCAUGAUUGAUUUUGUCCUCACCGAAGCGGUGAAUGACAACUUGAAAGAUGUAUUCACUUCUUUCAAAAGGCAAGGUACUCUGCUGAAGCCUGAAAUGACAGCUCAGAAGUGUGUGAAAGUUCUGCAGGCAGGCCUGUUCACCCCUGGGGAACAUGUUGAUUACUUUGAUGAUGAAUAAAUAUUAACUUAAAAUAUCCUUUCUAUAAAUUUGUAGCUUUCUUACUCAACGUUUCUCAUUGCCAAAUGUGAAUUUGGGAUAACUAUAUGUAUUGUGAUUUAAUGACAUUAUGUACUCAGGAUACUUAAUAGGUUUAGAGAAAAAAAAAAUUAAAACAUUUGAGAUGUCAAUAAUUGAAAGUAUUAAAUUAAAGGGCCUAGUAGAAUAGUAAUAGUAAAUUUAUAUAUAAAGAUUUGUCAAGUUGGUAUAUACCUAUUUAAUAAUGUGUCUAUGCUCUCUAUUUUUACUUUUUAGUUUUCUCUCUGGUUUUGUUAGAAGGCGACUGAAGGUGUUAAGAAAAUAUUUUUUGUUAUAAUAUUACAUAGUGAAACCUUUACUUAUACUACUUAUUACUGAAUGCUUAUUUUUACGAUAAGAAAUUUGAUAAAGUGUAACUUAACAUUCCAAAAAAGGGUGAUCUGAUCAAAUGUUAUGUGUUAAAUAUAUUAACUUUGGAUCUCAAUAGCUAACGGGUUUUUAAAUUCAAAUAAUAUGUUGAAACCCACGUCAUAUACUUUUGUUAUCUUUAUUGACUAAAAUAUAUAAAAAAAUUUUUUUUUCUAUUUUUUGCUGUUAUUUUGUGUUGAUCACAACAUCCUUUACUAUGUAUACUUCUAACAUAUCUAUGAAUGCAAUUCAUAUUAAACAAUAAAUGCUUGAAUUAAA